CCCACAGACCCACCUGUCUCUCCAGCCCUCCUCCACUGCGCAUGCGCAGACCGAGCUGAAGACUCGCGUGCGCGCGGUGACAGCUGUCCCGAUGAUAUCGACUGACGUGUCCAGCGGUAACACAAUCCCGCAGAACAACCGAGCAAAAAAGCCGAAAAAGAAAAAGAAACACCGCAAAGCGACCACAGAGGUGAUUCCUAGUGUGGAGCUCGGGCCCCAGAUCCAGACCGCAGAUGAAGUGUGCCACAUCCUUACUAUUCACAGAACCACCACUCCCCCAGACACACCACCCUCCCCUCCUCUGAAUCUCUCACAAAGUCCUCCAGACCUUCAGCCCGUGGCUCCAGAUCUCCAAGCCGUAGCUCCAGACCUUCAGCCCGUAGCUCCAGACCUCCAACCCGUAGCUCCAGUCCACCACUCGGCCCCGAUCUCGGUCCCUGUUACAGCGCUUCCUUCUCCCUACAUACUCUCAUCACCAGAAACACCUAGCGCUUCCAUACCUCCUUCACUGGGUCUACCUUCUGCCUUCUCCACAACCCCUCCCACUCAGAUCACCCCGUCCAAUCCGACAACCCCGCCUCAGGCUCUCAGUCCGCCCCCGCCUGAUUUUACCCCACCCCCAGCAGAACUCCUCGGGUCAGAUGAUGAAGAGCAGGAGAAUCCUGCAGAUUACUGCAGAGGAGGUUAUUACCCAGUGAAGAUCGGAGACCUGUUUAAUGGCAGAUAUCACGUAGUCAGGAAGCUCGGGUGGGGUCACUUCUCUACCGUGUGGCUUUGCUGGGAUCUUCAGAGGAAGCGAUUUGUGGCCCUGAAGGUGGUUAAGAGUGCUCCGCAUUACACAGAGACUGCUCUAGACGAGAUUAAACUACUGAAAUGUGUUCGAGACAGCGACCCUACAGACCCCAAACGGGAGACGAUAGUUCAGCUCAUUGAUGAUUUCAAGAUAUCCGGAGUCAACGGUGUCCAUGUGUGUAUGGUGCUGGAGGUGCUUGGGCACCAGCUGCUUAAAUGGAUCAUCAAGUCCAACUACAUGGGCCUGUCUCUGGUGUGUGUGAAGAGCAUCCUCCGUCAGGUUCUGCAGGGUCUGGAUUACCUACACACCAAGUGUAAGAUCAUCCACACAGACAUCAAGCCAGAGAACAUUCUCCUCGACGUGACCGACGUGUACGUGAGGCGCUUGGCUGCAGAGGCUACGCUGUGGCAGAAAGCUGGAGCUCCGCCUCCAUCCGGCUCCUCUGUUAGCACGGCUCCAAGGGACAAACAGACGGGCAAGUUGUCAAAAAACAAGAAAAAGAAGUUGAAGCGGAAGGCGAAGCGGCAGCAGCGGUUGCUGGAUGAGAGGCUGCAGGAUCUACAGAGGAUGGAGGAGCUGGACGGACUCGCUGCACCAGACAGUUGCGGAAACACGCGGAUGCUCUGGAAGCUCAGUGAAAACGGGGACGAGACAGAAACACACACACAGAUGAACAGUAACGGGUAUCAUGCACCGGGCACGAAGGGUAGCCCGGAGUCCGGAUCAUCGUGGUGUGAGGAUGGAUAUAACGGCUACGGGCCUCUGCGUUUCUCCAGCCCUGGAUCUGCUCUCUCUGGCACGUCAAGCUCCAUACUGUCUGCUACCUCCGAGUCUGCACUUUCUACACUGUCCGGAUACUCCACAGAGAGGGACAGCCAGAGAUCUGCGUUCUCCCCCAACACGUUCAGCGCAGCAGAUUUCCUGGUGAACCCACUGGAACCGCAAAACGCAGAUAAAAUCCGCAUCAAGAUCGCAGACCUGGGCAAUGCCUGCUGGGUGCACAAGCACUUUACAGAGGACAUUCAGACGCGCCAGUACCGAGCGGUGGAGGUGCUGAUCGGGGCCGAGUACGGUCCUCCAGCAGACAUCUGGAGCACAGCAUGUAUGGCGUUUGAGUUGGCAACAGGAGACUAUCUGUUUGAGCCUCAUUCGGGGGAAGAUUACACUCGGGAUGAAGAUCACUUAGCUCAUAUCAUUGAGCUCCUGGGUGCCAUCCCUACUCAUUUCGCUCUCUCAGGCAGAUAUUCACGAGAGUACUUCAACCGCAGAGGUGAGUUGCGGCACAUCAGUAACCUGAAGCCGUGGGGUUUGUUCGAGGUGCUGCUGGAGAAGUACGAGUGGCCGCUGGAGCAGGCGGCUCAGUUCAGCGACUUCCUCCUCACCAUGCUGGAAUUUGUACCAGAGAAACGAGCUACUGCGGCAGAAUGCCUGCAACACCCCUGGUUAAGCUCUUAACACACACACACACACACACACACACACACACACAGUUCGUGCAGUUUGGUAACCAGUGCACGGGUAUAAACUUUUCAGUAUGUUGUGUCGGUAUUAAGGCUAAAAACCAGAAGGAACAGUAUCAUGAGCACACAGUUUUCUUAGCUAGAACCUCAAAUCUAUCAUUUUUAUAAAUAUUUAAAGAAGUUUUGAUCUCUCUACAUGGUGCAGAAGAAGUCUGAUGUGUGUGGUGUCGGCUGUUUUCAUCAUCCAGUCAUCUCGAUGUGUAGGACGGUCAUACGGUUUAUAUGUUACAAUAGUGCCUUGACGCCUUAAGCUUCAAACAGAAAAUAUUUAAAAGUAAAUAAAAACGGCUUCACCUUUUUAUAUUUGUUCGCCGUGUGAGGAAUGCUUGUUGUUUGUGAACAUGCAGUACUAUACAUGAAGACUUGACAAAAUAAAGAUAUGAACUCUUGAA